CGAAUGAUCAAGUUAAUGCAAAAGAACUUAUCAUGCAGCUCAAACAAGACAACAAUCGAUCAACUGCUCAUCGAGCAUUCGAAGUAACGCUUCUACCUUUUGCGUUACAAGCGUCAUUUUGAUCGAUUGUUUUCAUUUCACAAAUCGAGCGCGCCUCUUCGCAUGAAAUUCUUAAUUCCUACACGAAAGGGAGCCUGAAAAAGAGGUUCCUCAAAUUCAGGAAGUCGUUCCAUCUCCUGUAAUGGAUCGGGGGCCGAAAAGGAAGAUUGAAGAUCAUGGUGAAGAAGCCUGGUUUGAGGAGGUGAGCGUAGAAAAUGAUCCCAGUGAUACGAAUUGGAACAGUUUAGUUGCCCUAGUGUCUGGAAUAAACAACCAGAUUACGGAGCUGGAUACGGAAGUCAAUGAAGUCGACAGCAGACUGAGGCAUUUCGAAGAACAGCAAACAAUCAGCAUCUCCACGAUACGAAAGAAGGUGGAAGUACUACGGUCACAGAUUCCAUCACUGAAAAGUGUGUUGAAAACCGUCGAUAUCGACCCUGUUGCUCCCCCACUAUCGUCGUUGCUAAAACCUAUCCAGUCGAGAGAGGAACUGGACGAACUCGAGAACAAAGCCAAAGACGAAGAGUAUCGGAAUGCGGUGGCACAAGCAGCUGGACGAAUUUUCGGCUACGGUCGAAUAGGAAAGGGUGAAGUCAUUUGCUAUGAAAUGGUAGACUACUUUUUCGACAGGAAAUUCCUUAUGGAAUGCUCUUGGCACGGGUAUAACCGCACAUUUGUGAAUGGUGAGCUAAAGAAAAAGGUUGGCUUCAUUAAUUAUGACAAUACCAUCAAACUGUUUCAUGAAUGCGUCUGCAUUUCCGAUGAAACAUUCACUGAAUCAGACUGUUACAAUUUCGUGAAGGUGAAAAUGUUACGAAAUACACUGCGACGGGUACAGGCAAAGAAAAUCAGAAUGCCCAGCAAGAUACCUAGAGUUAGAUCUAAAAAAACAGAUACUGGCAGUGAUUUAGCAGUGCAAGCGGUCGUCGCAAAUCAACUGCGACACUUGCAGAGCACUGGUGGAAAUAGCUAGGGAUCAUCGAACUCGUCUCAUUUUUCGUUUCGAUUAAUUUUAAAUGUAUUAUUAAUA